AUGGCAGCUGAUCGUGAAAUAGCUGCUGAAGACAGCAUUAGAGUCGUUUGCCGAUUUCGACCCCUAAAUGAUUCUGAAGAAAAAGCUGGUUCUAAAUUUAUUGUGAAGUUUCCUUCAGGCCCAGAUGAUAACUGUAUUUCCAUAGGGGGAAAAGUUUAUUUGUUUGACAAAGUAUUUAAACCAAAUGCAACCCAAGAAAAAGUGUACAAUGAAGCAGCAAAGAGUAUUGUGUCUGAUGUACUGGCUGGAUACAAUGGGACAAUAUUUGCCUAUGGACAGACAAGCUCUGGUAAAACACAUACAAUGGAAGGUGUCAUAGGAGAUCCAGGAAAACAGGGUAUUAUUCCACGGAUAGUCAACGAUAUAUUCAAUCACAUAUAUGCAAUGGAAGAAAAUCUUGAAUUCCAUAUAAAAGUAUCAUAUUUUGAAAUUUAUAUGGAUAAAAUCAGAGAUCUCUUAGACGUCUCAAAAGUAAACUUAAGUGUUCAUGAGGACAAGAACAGAGUCCCAUUUGUCAAAGGUGCUACUGAACGGUUUGUAUCAAGUCCGGAAGAAGUGUUUGAAGUGAUAGAGGAGGGGAAAUCAAAUAGGCAUAUUGCAGUUACAAACAUGAAUGAACAUUCAUCCAGAUCUCAUUCAGUCUUCCUUAUAAAUGUAAAACAAGAAAAUUUAGAAAAUCAGAAAAAAUUAUCAGGAAAGUUGUAUCUUGUGGAUUUGGCUGGUUCUGAAAAGGUAUCUAAAACUGGUGCUGAAGGUACAGUGCUUGACGAGGCUAAAAAUAUCAAUAAAUCAUUAUCUGCUUUGGGUAAUGUUAUCUCUGCUUUAGCAGAUGGAAACAAAUCUCACAUACCUUACAGAGAUUCUAAAUUAACUCGAAUUUUACAAGAAUCGCUUGGUGGUAAUGCAAGAACCACAAUAGUUAUUUGUUGUUCCCCAGCUUCCUUUAACGAAAGUGAAACAAAGAGCACCCUUGACUUUGGUAAAAGAGCUAAGACUGUCAAGAAUGUUGUAUGUGUCAAUGAAGAACUCACAGCUGAGGAAUGGAAACGCCGAUAUGAAAGAGAGAAGGAGAAAGUGGCUAGGCUUAAAGGAAAAGUUGAAAAACUUGAAGCUGAAAUUAACCGCUGGCGUUCUGGUGAGACUGUUCGACCAGAAGAACAAGUCAACCUUCAAGAGAUUGAAGCUGUUACUCCUGUCACAUCAUUUAUUGAAGAGAAGCCCCCUGCACCACCAGUGCCUGUGGCUGUUGCAAGCGCUGUUGAAGAUGUUGCCAUGCAAGCUAAGUUGGAAGCUCUUUACCAACAAUUGGAUGACAAAGAUGAAGAAAUCAACCAACAUUCUCAGCUUGUUGAAAAACUCAAAGAGCAGAUGAUGGAACAAGAAGAAUUAAUUGCUUGCACAAGACGCGACUACGAAGCGUUACAGGGCGACAUGAACCGCAUCCAACAAGAGAAUGAAGCAGCAAAGGAAGAGGUUAAAGAGGUCCUCCAGGCUUUAGAAGAACUUGCCGUUAACUAUGACCAAAAAUCACAGGAGGUUGAUAGCAAGAGUCGCGAAUGUGAUCAGUUAUCGGAAGAGCUACAAAGCAAACAGAGCGCAUUGGCGAGCGCAACUUCAGAACUUCAACAGCUGCGUGACCUUUCUGCCCACCAACGAAAGCGCAUUGCUGAACUUCUCACUAACUUACUACGGGAUCUGGCUGAAAUUGGAGCUGCUGUGGGUGGUUCUGAAUUGGAUUUCAAACUGAAUGUAGACACUGUUGGCAAACUGGAAGAGGAGUUCACUGUUGCCCGGCUGCACAUCAGCAAGAUGAAGAGUGAAGUCAAGAACAUUGUGCAGCGUUGCCACUCUUUGGAGACUGCUAACAUUGAUGCUAAUCAAAAGAUUGAAGAAUACGAACGUUCUUUGGGCGAAUGUCGGCUGCUUAUCUCCCAACACGAAGCUCGGUGCGCGUCUCUCGCGGAGUCCAUGCGCGAAGCUGAGAACAAAAAGCGGCAGCUCGAGGAGGCCGCCGACGCGCUGCGCGAGGAGUGCGCUCGACUACAGGCUGCGGAACGCGUGCAACUAGCAGCGGCUGAGCAACGCGCAGACUCACAGUUACGUGGUGCUUUGGAAGCACAACUGGAGCAACUUCGUGCCUCCCACACUACACAGUUGUCUACAUUGAGAGACGAACUUGCUGCUCUGCAACGCCAGCACCAAGAACUUAAGGACACAUACCAGGAGUUGACGCUAGCCCGCCAACAACUGCAAGACGACUACGAGAAAUUGAAACGCGAAGAAGCCGACAAGUCCGCGAAACUGAAGGAGCUUAUCCAAAGUGUGGAGCGUCGCGAGCAAGCCCGUGCCGAUCUGAAGGGCCUCGAGGAUACCGUUGCCAAGGAACUGCAGACGCUGCACAAUCUGCGAAAGCUCUUCGUGCAGGAUUUGCAGGCGAGAAUAAAGAAAUCAACAAACCCAGAGGAGAAUGCGGAAGAGGAAGGCGGCUCGUUGGCACAAAAACAAAAGAUCUCAUUCCUAGAGAACAAUCUAGAACAAUUGACAAAAGUCCACAAACAGUUGGUGCGCGACAACGCCGAUUUGCGCUGCGAGCUGCCAAAGCUCGAGAAGCGACUCCGCGCAACCAUGGAACGUGUUAAGGCACUGGAAACUGCACUUAAGGAAGCGAAAGAGGGAGCAAUGCGUGACCGCAAGAGAUACCAAUUCGAAGUUGAUAGAAUUAAGGAAGCUGUUCGAGCUAAAAAUCUCGCUAGAAGAGGCCCCCAGGCUCAAAUUGCGAAACCGAUUCGAGCUGGUGGUGGGCAUCUGGUGAGUGGUGGUGCUCCUGGCGUUGUAAGGCCUGCUCCUGCUCAGGAUAUCAAGCGGAAAUCCAUAAUUGUUGGUGGACGAGAUGAGAGUUGA